CGAGACGCACCUGCGCACACGUGCCCGGGCACCCCCGACCUUCCCAAGCGCCACCCGAGCUGCUCCCACCUCCCCCCCCUGAAUUGCUCCGGGGGCAUGCGUCAGCAUCCCAUCAUGUUUCGGCAAACAUCUGAUCCCCUGGCCGCUUGUGCCUUCUUGUUGCCUCACCCCGCACUGCAGUUGCACCGGAUGAGGCGGCCAUGAUGCGGGCGCUGUGCAGCAAGGCGGUUCCGGCCCCGGGCGAGGUCCUGCGCCUUGAGGGCGCAGGCUUUGUGCCGGACGUGGACCUCGGCGGUGUGUACAUCCGCGACUGCUACAAGGGGCUGGCUGACGUCAUCCUGACAACGCCGCAGAAGAAGUUCAUCCUCACGGGCACGCCGGGCAUCCACCAUCUUUUGCUAUCUCGUGGGGCGGCUGCUGCAGCGUCCAGUGCCGCCGCGAUUCAUCAUCUGGCAGCACGCGUUUUACUCAAGCAGCAGAGCGUUUUGCUACAACACCCAGACCGGCGACACGCUGUGCGGCGAAGUCAGCAGCUUCAUGGCGGAGCUCAUGAACCCCGACACCUGGUACAUUGCAGAUGCUAUGCCGCCAGAACUCAAAACCAAGGCGCAUGUCGUUCUCAUCACAUCACCAAAGAGGAGCACGUACAAGGAGCUGGAGAAGCGUGGCGCGCGGAUGCUGCACAUGCCGCCGUGGUCGCUGGAGGAGCUGCAGGAUUGCCGCAGCAAGCUGGGCCUUCCGGUGUCGGAGGCGUUCGUCAAAAAGUGCUUUGAGUACGGUGGUGGCGUGGCACGGCCCUCGCUGCUGCAGUCAGGGGGGGCGGCGGCGGCGUUUGAUGAGGACGUCGACAGAUUGCUGGGACAGCUUGGCAGGGCGGUCGACACAACCAGCGUGUCGCAGGUGCGUGCGGCACUUGCAGACGUCGCGGCACAGGACCGGGGGCCGGAGGCCAGCCACCGUGUGAUCCACAUCAUGACGGACGGGUCCUACAGCGUGCGGCAGCUUGUGUUCGCCAGCCGCUGGGUAGCGGAGCGAUUCAUGGCCAAGGCGGCGGUGGAGGAUGAGCAGGGCCUUGUAAGCCUGGUGAACGGCUCGACCGGUACUUUCCGCGGCCUGAUGCACGAGGCCUGGAUGCACCGCACGCUGCCCAAGGGCGGGGAGUUCACCAUCGCGCCCGUCAAGCUCACCGGCGGCACAAUGAAGCUGGUGCGGGAAGCCGAUUGUACGCUCAAGCUGCCCCCGUGCAAGGAGGCGGUCUUUGAGGAGGUGGUGGAGCUCGCCGGUGGGCGCUGCGAGGAGGGCGUAUACUACAAGCCCGCCAGCGCACGCUUCCCGCUGGUGGACUCGCUCCUGCACGUGGGCGGCGUUGUGAACCUGUUUCAGAUGACCGUGGACCUCAACAAGCCCGUGGACUUUGCCGCGCUCGAAGGCCUGCUCGGGGAUCUGGGCCUCACAUCGCAGCAGGAGGCUCGCCUGAUCUUCGUGGUGCCGGAGGACAUCUACCCGAACUUCGAGUUGACCAUGAAGACCGACGGAAGCCGACAGAAGCAGGCCUCACCCACGGCGCCGGCGCUGGGGUCCGCUCCGGCCGCGGUGCCGGAGCUGGGGCCGGCGCCGGCGCUGGUCACGCGCCCCAAGCUGUGCAUCAUGCGGGCGCCACGUGCGCAGGUGGGGGUGCGCGCGCUGUCCGCAUAGAGCGGCCGUCCCGUGGUGUGCACGCGCGGCGGGCUGCGGUGGUAGGCCUGCAGCUGCCCUCAGCGCCGGGACGUGAGAGGAGGUGGCUGCGAUGUGGCACGUGCUGUUUCGUGCUGUGUUUUGUGCUGGGCGUGGCGGUUGUACGGUGGCUGUGCGGCGCGCAGACUGGGGCCGGCGUGCAGACAGAGGCUGGAGUGCGAGGGCUGGUGUACCGAGUGCGUGCGUUGGGACGGCAAGGGGAACAUGGCGCCUCCAGCGUGGAGGCCAGCGUGGAGGCCAGCGUGGAAGCCAGCGUUGAGGUCAUCGUCACCAGUGACACUGACAGCGCGGAGUAGCUGGGGCAGCUGGGGCACUGGCAGCGGUACGUGUGGCCCAUGCACGUGUGGCCCAUGCAUGCUCAGUGGGGACCGACUGCACUUUGACGAAUGCACUCUCGCAUAUGCCGUAAGAGAGGUGAUAAGAAUUGAGGUGGGUAGUGACCUACACCCGGACCGGGCCCAACUAUGGCUGGUCAGGCCUACGGAUGGUGUAGAGCAGGCAAUCUGGGAUGUUGUGUGCCUCUCCGCCAUGUCGGCAAUGGAAGAGGGGAGGCGGUUUCUGUACGCCACGCGAGAUGCUGAAGAUAGAAUAGGCACAAUCAACAAAGGCAGAGUCCUAGUGGUAGGCGAAUUCUAUGCGAGGCUUCAUUUGUUCGCCGGAGCCGUAAGCAAGCGGCCACGAUAUGGUUGCGACAAAGUUGGCGCUGACCAUCCCUUCCUGUUGCAUUGCUGCAGACUGGCGGCGGCGGCGGCGGCGUCAGCAGCGGGGUCGCGUGCGCGCAUCUUGGUAGCGGAGGGUGCGGGAAAGGCCAUGUCGAGGAGGAGAGCGCAGCGCCGCCCAAGAAGCGGCGCAAGCGCGCAGGCUGAGGAGCCGGCUGGUGUCUAGGAAGCGGUCCGCGGUGGGGCUGGCAGGGCAUGCGUAGCGGCAUGACAAGUAGUGCGGCUGUUGACAACUGCGCUGCGUCUGGCUGCGGUUGGCUCUGCUGUGGCAUCGCGACUGCUAGAUAGGCACCUGGUUUGGCUAUGUGCCUGUGGAAACCGACCCCGGCUAUGUCCGGGCGAUGAGGUUGACCUGGACGUCGAGUGCGAUGAGCUCAAGGAUGAGGACUGACCUUGUGGCGGGCAUGUCUCUCACCGUUGCCAAGUUUCAGCUGUUGGAGGUGCCACAAACUAUUGGCCUGUCAGAGCCACGGUUGGCAGCCGGCAGGUGGCUGGCAGUGUGUGUUAGCACGUGGCACCCCCACGUGCAGCUGGCACGGUCUGUGCGGCGUCCCACCCCUCUGGUAGGGAACACACAUGUAACACUGAUUCCUU